AUGCGUGCCACUACUUUAUUAUCUUCCGUCAUCUCUUUGGCAUUGUUGUCCCGUGAGGUCUUAGCAACUCCUCCAGCCUGUUUGUUGGCUUGUGUUGCCCAAGUCGGCAAAUCAUCUUCCACCUGUGACACUUUGAAUCAAGUUUCCUGUUACUGUCAACACGAGAACUCGUCCAUUAAGAAGUGUUUGGACUCCAUCUGUCCAAACAACGACGCCGAUGCUGCUUAUUCCGCUUUCAAGAGCUCUUGCUCCGAACAAGGCGCUUCAUUAGAUGACUCAAGCAGCAGUGUGUCCUCUUCAUCCGCUAAGUCAUCCUCUACCAAGGCUUCUAACAGCGCUUCCUCUUCUACUAAGGCUUCUUCCAGCAGUGCCUCCUCUUCUAGUAGGGCUUCUUCCAGCAGUGCAUCCUCUUCUACUAAGGCCUCUUCUAGUAAGGCUUCUUCUUCUUCUAGCAAAGCUUCUUCCAGUGAACAAGCUCCUUCCAGCAAGGCUACUUCAACAGAACAAGCUUCUUCCUCUACAAAGGUUUCCUCCAGUGAACAAGCUCCUUCUAGCAAGGCUACUUCCACCGAGCACGCUUCUUCUACUACUGAAGCUCACUCCUCCAGUACUACCUCUUCUUCCACUGUGUCCCAAGAACCAGCUUCCUCUGCUCAAUCAACUUCUACCGCCAUCAUCUCCACUUUCUCAGAAGGUUCUGGUAAUGUCUUGGAGGCUGGCAAAUCCGUUUUCAUUGCUGCCGUUGCUGCUUUGUUAAUUUAA